UAAUUUUCGAUACGGACACUCACUCGAUGAUUAUUGAAUUAUGAUGUAUGUUAGUACUAUAAAUAUGUUUAGCUAUGAAUAUAAUUUUCAACUCUCUUCCUUUCUUCUCUUCAGUAUAGUAUUCGUUAUUUGUUCCAACCAAAUGAUCAUGAAUUUCUCAACUAGAAUAGUUAUGCUUGUUGGGUUUUAUGCAAUGAAUUUUCUAGUGGGUGCUGCUUCAGGUGGUGAUUUCAACAAAGAUUUUGACAUCACCUGGGGUGAUGGACGUGCAAAAAUCCUUAACAAUGGCCAGCUUCUUACUCUAUCUCUUGACAAAAGUUCUGGCUCAGGUUUUAAAUCAAAAAAUCAAUACUUGUUUGGGAAGAUUGAUAUGCAGCUUAAGCUAGUGCCUGGAAAUUCUGCUGGAACUGUUACUACUUACUAUCUAUCUUCUCUGGGUACAACUCAUGAUGAAAUAGACUUUGAGUUCCUGGGUAAUCUCAGUGGAGAUCCUUAUAUUCUCCAUACAAAUGUUUUCACUCAAGGGAAAGGAAAUAGAGAGCAGCAAUUCUAUCUAUGGUUUGAUCCUACCAAGGACUUCCACACCUACUCCAUCUUAUGGAAUCCUCACAGUAUCAUUUUCUUUGUGGAUGGAACUCCUAUCAGAGAAUUCAAGAACUUAGAGUCAAAGGGCAUACCUUUCCCAAGAAAACAACCGAUGUGGCUAUACUCUAGCCUGUGGAAUGCAGAUGAUUGGGCAACAAGGGGUGGUCUUGUAAAGACAGAUUGGAGCCAAGCACCAUUCAUAGCCUCUUACAGGAAUUUCAAUGCUCAAGCUUGCAUUUGGUCAUCUGGUUCAUCUUCCUGCUCCUCCAAUAAUAAUAAUAAUUCAUGGCUAACACAAUUCUUGGACACCACAGGCCAAGCAAGAAUCAAAUGGGUCCAAAAGAACUACAUGAUUUACAACUAUUGUAGUGAUGCUAAGCGUUUUCCUCAGGGGCUUCCUCUUGAAUGCUCACUUGGUUGAAUCAAAUCGUUCAUGGAAGUACUCUUAUUCUCUA